CUUGACCAGCCCGGCUCCAUCCUUCAGGUUUUUCGGGUGGGGGAGGGGGCGCGUCUCGGCGAGUCACGAUGAUGGCGGCCACCAGCCUGUGGUGAGCUAGCGGAAUUUCUGCUGGUUUCGCUGAGCCCCUCGCGCCUGCUGCAGACUCUGGCUGGCGCCGUGCGCGCGAGGAAGCACGGCGGCCCGAGCUCGCUGGGAAGGCCGCAGUCGCGGAGGCAGCGGCGCGGUCCGGGACCAGGGCUGGGGGCGAGGCCGUUCCGCGGGGCGAAUGUGACAAGCCCCCACCCCCCACCGCCUUCCUCCAGAGAGCGCGAGGAGCGCGGGCGACCCCAGGGCCCCGCCAGGCCACAGACCCCGCCCAGCGGCCAGCACCCGGAGCAGGCCCGACUGCGGAGCUGCGCGGCGGCACCAUGCAGGUCACCCUGAAGACCCUCCAGCAGCAGACCUUCAAGAUCGACAUCGACCCGGAGGAGACGGUGAAAGCACUGAAAGAGAAGAUUGAAUCUGAAAAGGGGAAAGAUGCCUUUCCUGUAGCAGGUCAAAAGUUAAUUUAUGCAGGUAAAAUCCUCAAUGAUGAUACUGCUCUAAAAGAAUAUAAAAUCGAUGAGAAAAAUUUUGUUGUUGUUAUGGUGACAAAACCAAAAGCAGUGACGACACCAGCACCAGCUACAACUCAGCAGUCAAAUGCUGCCACCACUACCACAGUUAGUUCCUCUACAGCACCAACUGUGGCUCAGGCACCAACCUCCACCCCUGCCUUGGCUCCUACUCCCACACCACCUGCAUCUAUCACUCCAGCAUCGACAGCAGCAUCUUCUGAACCUGCACCUGCUAGUACAACUAAACAAGAGAAACCUGCAGAAAAGCCAGCAGAAGCACCAGUAGUGGCUACCAGUCCAACAUCAACUGACAGUACAUCAGGAGAUUCAUCUCGGUCGAACCUAUUUGAAGAUGCAACAAGUGCACUUGUGACGGGUCAGUCUUAUGAAAAUAUGGUAACUGAGAUCAUGUCAAUGGGUUAUGAACGAGAGCAAGUAAUUGCAGCCCUGAGAGCCAGUUACAACAACCCUGACAGAGCAGUGGAGUAUCUUUUAAUGGGAAUCCCUCGAGAUAGAGAAAGUCAGGCUGUGGUUGACCCCCCUCCAGCUGCUAGUACUGUGGCUCCUCAGUCUUCAGUGGCUGCAGCUGCAGCAACUACAACAGCAACGACUACAACAACAAGUUCUGGAGGACACCCCCUUGAAUUUUUACGGAACCAGCCUCAGUUUCAACAGAUGAGACAAAUUAUUCAACAAAAUCCUUCCCUGCUUCCAGCAUUAUUACAACAGAUAGGUCGAGAAAAUCCUCAGUUGUUGCAGCAAAUUAGCCAACACCAGGAGCAUUUUAUUCAGAUGUUAAAUGAACCAGUUCAAGAAGCUGGUAGCCAAGGAGGAGGCGGUGGAGGUAGCAGUGGGGGAAUUGCAGAAGCUGGAAGUGGUCCUAUGAACUACAUUCAAGUAACACCUCAGGAAAAAGAAGCUAUAGAAAGGUUAAAGGCAUUAGGAUUUCCUGAAGGACUUGUGAUACAAGCAUAUUUUGCUUGUGAGAAGAAUGAGAACUUGGCUGCCAAUUUUCUUCUACAGCAAAAUUUUGAUGAAGAUUGAAAGGAACUUUUUUUAAAUCUCACACUUCACACCAGUGCAUUACACUAACUUUGUUCACUGGAUUGUCUGGGAUGACUUGGGUUCAUAUCCACAAUACUUGGUAUAAGGUAGUAGAUUGUUGGGGGUGGGGAGGGAGGGAACUAGGAUAUAGGGCAGGGAUAAAAGCAGUGCAUGUCUGCUUCAAUUAGCAGAUGACGCAAAUCCACACAGUGUGUAAAAUAAUAUACAACCAAAAAUCAGCUUUUGCAGGUCUUUAUUUCUUCUCUAAAACAGUAGGUAACUUUUCCUAGGUUUCACUCUUUAGUGUACUAGAUCCAGAAAUUUAGUGUAAUGCCCUGCUUUAUAUUUCUUUGACUUAACAUUGGUUUCAGAAAGGAUCUUUGCUACCUAGGAUUCUACAGUCUCUAUUUCGUGGCAACACUGGAUAAUGGUUUGUGAAAUUGGGGGGAAAAAUUGAAGCAAGUAUAUACAGAAAUACCAAAUUAUUGAUGGUUUUUGUUACUGCUUCAAAUAAGUAUAAAUCUAAUAUGUAAGAAAGCCCAUUCUUUCAUGUUAAAUACUGGGGUGGGGGAGGGAGAAGGGGAACCUUUACUUAAAAUGAAAAUAAUUACUGCUAUUUUAAAAUUUCCUGGUCAUUGAAUGUGAUACCUUUCUAACUUGAUUUGAAAAGCUGUACAAGCAAUAGGCAGAGUUAUUUUCCUGUUUACAUUUUUUUUUGGGGGGGUAGGGUUGUUUUGGGAGAAAAUUGAUAGGUGUCUAAUUACUGUUUACUUCAUUGUUAUAUUGCAGUAAAAGUUUUAAAACCACCAUUGCAUGUUGCUUUUGAUGUAUCCCUUUGUGAAAUUAGCACUUUGGGGCCAAUGGAGAAUUGCAUCAUUCACUCUCUUCCCCUUCCCUCAGCAGACAUGUGUUUGUCAGCAAGUCGUGAGUUCAAACUGCUGCCUUUUUUAAAAACCCACAAAAUGCUGAUUCAGUUUAAAAAUAAUGCAAAUGUUUCAAACUGGGUUUCUGAUAUUUGUAAAUGUUUUUCCUUAUACGAAUGUAUGACCAUUAAAGUCGUCAGGAUAUAAGAUUUUCAAAAAGAUGGUGGACAGAACUAUAAUCCAGAAUCUUUUAUUGUGUCAGGAAGACUGGUGAAAUCUUUUGGAAGGGUUGGAGCUGGAAAAGUACUUUGGAAAAUAUACAAUCAAGAUAUCUCAUGGCAUAUUAAAAAGAAAUCUUAAUAGCAGUGUUGGCUUUUAUUUGGGUUUUUUUAAUCAGUUUUUUUUUAAUCUCCUUCAUUGGCAUUUGUUACUUAAUCAUAAAUGGGGCAGAUGUAUAUUUGUUCAGUUUUCAAAUCAUUUUUCCCCUGAAUAUAAGCAAAGACUCUUUAAAGAAAAUACUAUUGGCUUUUUUUCCUACCAUCUGAUACUAAGAAGAUGAAUUUGCACAGAUUUCUCGCUGCACAUCUCUUGCAGUAAUCCUUAGCAGAUGACAACUCUUAUGUUUUUACGUCUUGCAUUCAUGACCUGUCUCCUAUGAAAAUAAAUGAAACCAUGGCUUCUCUUUACUGUUACAUAGUUUUAAUCUUCAUGUAUUUAUUCCAUAAACAUGUCAGGCCUUUGGACUUUGUAUUACCUGUAUGCUUUAUAAUGGAUAUGCAAAAUGUCUCAGGAGAAUAAAAUAAGGAUUCAUAAAUA